UAAAAUAGUUUUAUUUUAAUUUUAAAGUGAAUUGAUUUCAAGGAAAUAGGAACUAGAUGGCCAGACCCAGGUGGGAGUUUCAUUAAUGACGUCAGAACAAUAAUCAACCAUGCUUCAACCCAUAUGGGGCUGGCUCUCAUCUCUAUUUCUCUACCCACUUCCAAGUUUACUUUCCAGGUAUUACUGUCUUCAUGUUUCAUGAGAAAACGGAAACCUAUUAGGGCAAGAAACUGGCGUGUGACUGUAAUCCUUUAGCAUUUCCGAGACAAGAGCAUCAGGAAUUCAAGGUCACCCUCCCCUACCCGGAGAGUUCGAGUUCUGACUGGGCUACUUGAGACCUUGUCUCAAUCUCAUCCCACCCGCCAAAAAGAGUCCAGGAGGAAACCAUUAAUGAGGUGUUGAGAUUCCAGCCAAGGGUCUUGACCAGGGUCCUGACUUGACCUAACGCAAUUCUUGAUCUAUGAUGCUCUAUCAUUGUCUGUGGAGAGAGUAGGGGACUUAGGGUUCAGUGUCGAGCAGCGUCGUUGGCUGCCUUGGACCCACCUGCCUAGACCGAAGAUUCAAACCAAUCCAGAGAAGGAGCUUGGUAAUGACUUUGGUGAGGGAACCGUUGCCAUGGGAACAAAUACAGGCCUGAGGCGCGCACAUGCGCACAGCCGAAGGGGGGGGGACACGGAACCAGUGAAAGGUGACGUAAAACGCUCGGGGUAGGGCGGAGUGCUCACACUGUGGGAGCCGUGGCCUUGGGAGUUCUGAGCGGAGGGAAGUCGCGAAGCGGUGAGGACGAAGUGUGUUCGGCGGCCCGCCACACACCACCGGAGCAAACCGCGGGGACCAGACUGGCCCGCUGCCGAGGCCCCGCCUCUUGGACCUCGGGACUAAUCGGAUUGAAAGCGCGCCGGCCCCGGGCCCCGAACUCGCCAAUUGAGGAGGACGACUGUCACCGCCCAAUCCGGGGCAGACAGGUGCGAGGUCCGGAAGGUGGAGGCCAAUCGGCAGCGGUUGCGCCCUGCGGGGGCAAGAUUCAGCCAAUGAGGAGGCUCGAGUGACAGCUGAGCGCGCCAAUCGAGAGUGAGGACCGAUCGUGCCCGCCCACCCUUCCGGCCGGAGCUCUAUUUACCAGGGGCGUGCAGCUCGCUUGCCAAUCAGAGUGCGGCUGAGCUGCCGGACAGCCAACCCCAGAGGAGCGGCCGGCUGGCGGCCGCCGCACUGAGGAGUUGGGAUGUCCUACAAACCUAUCGCGCCCGCCCCCAGCAGUACCCCGGGCUCCAGCACCCCCGGGCCAGGCACCCCGGUCCCUACAGGUGAGGCUCCAACUCCAUCCUUGUUCGCCUUGUCCGGGCAGUCGAGGUCUUGGAGAGAAACCGCUCGAGUUUUGCAAUCCGGGGCCUGCUAGACGAGCCUGGCUCAGCCUCAGUUUGCUGGCCUGAGAAGUGGGCGUGGUCACGUAGAGCUUGUAGGUGGAGCGCAGGGGGGAGGAGUGUGUCUCCGAAGUUGUUCAGAGUGGAAUGAAGAAGCAUGCCGUUGGAGCCGGGAGUGUCCCAUCGCCAUCGGGCUCAGUGCCAGGAGCUGCCGCACCUUUCAGACCGCUGUUUAACGACUUUGGUCCGCCCUCCAUGGGGUAUGUACAGGCGAUGAAGCCACCUGGUUCCCAGGGCUCUCAGAGCACCUACACGGACCUGCUGUCUGUCAUAGAGGAGAUGGGCAAAGAGAUCCGGCCCACCUAUGCUGGUAGCAAGAGUGCCAUGGAGCGCCUGAAGAGAGGCAUCAUCCACGCUCGGGCACUAGUCAGAGAGUGCUUGGCAGAGACAGAACGCAAUGCCCGCACGUAACAGGAAGCACCUUGACCUCCUCGCCGGGACCUUUCUGGCCACUGCAGAGCGCCUGCUUCUCCCUGGCCUUCGCGCCCCAAGUUGCUUCCUAUCCUGGGCUUCCUGUCCUGUGUCCCUUAGUGGGCACCCUCCAGGAACCAGGUAGCAGAUCUUCGUCCAGUUGGCUGUACAAACUGGUCUCCUCCCUCUGUGGGAGUGCUGGGAGGCCACUGGGAGUCCCUUCCAUGACCUGCUCACAGUGCUGAUCUGACGGGAGCUUGCUCCUCUCUGUGGCCCCACCACACAGCACUUACUCCUUAACUCUUAGCCCAGGCCACCUCCUGCCUCUUCAACAGGAGUGCAGAAGACCUUCCUGCCUCAUCUCUGGGGCCACAGCCGACUCUUUUUUUGGUGUGUCUUUUACUAAAUAUGUCCUUUUUGUAUAAAUAAAAGAUGCUUUGGAGUCAUUCUCUCA